AUGUCGGUCUUAAAUUUGUCAAUUCUCUGGCUCAUCUGCUGUGUUGCCACUGCUGCAACACAAACUUGUGAGAUAGAAAAUAUAGAUCUAAGAUGUCAGGAAUUGAGCAGUCUCGAGGACAUAGUCGAUUUCCCCAUAACAAAUCUUCGCAUGUUGGAAAUCAUAAACACGCAAACAAAGCUAACCAUUGGAGCAGCGAACAGUUCAAUGAACAUGCCGCAAUUAACUAUCCUCUCUCUGUCUGUGUCACGCCUUGAACUUCUCAGUGAAGGCUUCUGCAAUCUUCCCAAACUGUUUGAGAUCAACAUCUCUGGUUGUGGGGUGGAACAACUGUUGGCCUCGCACUUUCCCGCCGAAUGCUGUGUAGGAGAGCUCUACGCCAGUGACAAUAAGCUUAGUGUUCUCACAAAGGAUUUCUUUAGCAAACUUCCCAAACUGCUAUUUGCUUUGUUCGCAAACAAUUCUCUGAGUCAUGUAGAGUUGCCAUACAUGGAAUAUCUAAUUAUCUUAGACCUUAGUCAUAAUAACUUGGCAACCUUCAACAUCACCUUUGACAAUUGUCCAUCCUUGGAAGCCCUCUCCCUCAACAACAAUAAUCUCACUCAGUUUCACAUCACACAACCUGUAAAAGUUGUUGCCUCAUCAGCAGAGAAGGUACUUAAGCUGGAACAAUUGGAUCUGUCAAACAACAGUAUAAGUGAGCUUAUCGAAAACCAAUUCGAAUUGCUGCGUAACCUUUUAGAUCUGAAUUUAUCUGGCAAUAAAAUUUCCGUUUUGAAGAGUGCUCACUUCGCAGGUUUGACAUCGUUGCGUUAUUUACAUUUGCAGUCAAACGGUAAAUUGGAGCUAACAGAACACACCUUUGAAGCACUCAAGCAACUCAAGAUGCUUGACUUGUCAUACAAUGGUCUCGAAAAUCUGGAUCCUAAUCUCUUCGGAUACAAACAAAUGAACAAGCAAGGACUUUAUGAGUACUCGCCAAUGGGUCACAUGCGACAGCUUAAACUAGAUGGAAAUAAACUUCAGCAUCUGGACCCUAGAGCCUUUGAGAAAUUGCCAUUUUUAAAAGAGCUGUGUCUGAGCAACAAUGCAUUGCGUGUGCUCCCCGAGGGCCUUUUUGUUCCUACAAAAAAACUGAAGGUGCUGGACAUGCGUCACAAUCAAUUGACAGAUAUUAGCAGCGAUAAUCUGAAGAGUCUAAACAACGCCAAAGUUCUGCUUAUCAACUACAAUCAACUGACAACUCUGCCCGACUUGAAUGGGACGCUGCCUCAUUUGCGGUUUAUAGGGAUUGACGGGAAUCCGUGGCAAAGUGCCUCUUUUGCCCAAUCGGAGCAAUGGCUGAUCGCAAGAAAGAUACAGUAUCUGACAGAUGACUACGUCUUUUUCAGCAGCGGUUAGAAACCACCCCUCUGAUUUUUAUGAGUUUAAAUAUUAUCAAUCAGUCGGUGGAGCAAUUUGUCGAAGCAGAUGAUGAUGUUGAUGAUGAAGAAUUUAUUUGAUAACGAAAACAUACACACUUGCCAGUUAAAUAAAUUUUCUA